UACUGUGUUUGAUUGUAAAACUGUUUCAGGAACUGGACAAACUGGGCGGCAAUGGACAGGACAAAAUAGAAUUUUUUGUCCAUCACUAAACCACAACACAACUUUUUGUCCGCAUAUUUAACUUGCAUAUUUAUAAAUUGUAAUGUUGAAACUUGAAAGUAGGCAUUAGAUAUGAUUAACUUCCAUGAUAUUCUUAUUGCAUUAGUAGAUGAUUUUUCCCGUUGUGUGCGUGCAUGGAAUUUUCCCUUACUCCAUUUAGUUUUUUCAUAUUGCCUAUAUGCAGGAUAAGUCGUUGUUUGAGUACCUCAAUAGUCUAUCUCCUUUAAAGACCAAAAAGUCUGUUACCACUCGGACGUUGAACUCACUUGGCCUGGAUUAUUCUCUUCUCGUAUCACCAUAUGCGACCAUUUACGAGGAUUACAUAGUCCUCAUGAGGCACUUGAAUUACAUUUUGAACACAUCAAAGCCUGAAGUUUCGUCUGAAGAUGUAAAUAAAAUAUAUACAACUUUAUGCAAGGCAAGGACAUCACCUAUCUCCGGUCCCUGCACCAAUGGAAAGAUAUUUGAGCCAUCCGAGACUGAAGAUUUCACCAAGUCAUCACUUCACAUUCCUGGUGAAGAUUUCUGUCGGAGUACCCCCGACCUGAAGAGUAGAGUGCAAUUUAAUGACCUAAUGAAUAAACUAUUGAAUCAAAACAUUAAAAGGACGUCGAAAGUGGAGAGUAAAGAUUCAAUUGGUCUAGUUUAUUCUGGUUCAGAACAUGAAAUGGAACCCAAAUGGAAGAGGAAAUGGUCGGAUCUAACUGGCGAAGGAAAUGCAGAAGCUGUAAAUGUAGAAAAUCAAGUUAUUGUGAGUGCUUUUCUGCUGGAGUCUACUGCAUAGGACAUUGCUCAUGUAAAGACUGCUUGAAUAAUGGAGAUAAUGAAGAUACAGUUCUGCAUCGCAGGAAAAAUUAUCCUAAAGUUGAGGUCCGCAACGAAAAUCCAGCUUCAAAGCUACAGAAAAGAGGAUGUAAUUGCAAUAUGUCAUGUAAAUUUUAGUUUCAUUUAUAA